UUUCUUCUUAGCUAAUGAAGAAUAUUCGGAAAGAAGCGCUCCGAGCAGAAAAUUUAAUAAGGGAAAGCUUUUUUUCCCCCCUCCUCUCCUCUUUAUUAUUGUUAUUAAACGUUAAACGGACUGCGUUUUAUUUAAUUUUUAGCCGGCCUCCGCGCCCCGCUUCGAAUUUGGCGAGCGGACGGAACGAGUUUUAUUAACGUCCGAGCGCCGAUCGAUAAAUCAUCAUUAAAAGAUUAAAGCCAAAUAAAGUCUCGAGGGGGGAAGGGAGCAGUUUCGUACGGCGGCCGUCAAUCUCCAUCGAUCGCAGACGAAACGGAUUAAGAAGUCGUUCGUCGCCUUCACCGAAUUACGGAUUAAAGCGUUUUUCCGCCUCCCCCCCUCCGCUCCGGAACGUCGACGGAUGCUCUCUAAUUGCAGACCUCCCUUCCGGCGGGAUGCCAAUUGGCGCGCGUUGUCGGAUUGCCGGGAGGAUGCGUUUUACCAUUCUGUUUAUCCGGACCGAAGUGCCGGCCGGCCUUCUACCGGGUCGGAGGUUUUCCGGGGGGGGCGGGAAUUUCUCCGGUCGGAAAUGGAAGUUCCGCUAGAUGGUGCUAAGCGAGCGAGUCACGUGAGAAGUUAUCGACUUGUACCUCCUGGAUAUACUACACUGGCCGUCGGGAUAGGAUGCCGGAAUGUCGCGGGCGGCAUCGUCGCGCCAGCUAAAGCGCGUACCGCACGUAUACGUGGCGGAAUAUGACGCGGAGACCACCAAGUGCUGCUGCCUGUCUCGGAUUCCGUGGGAGAGCGAAUUGGUCCAGGUGAUCGCAUUCAUAUGCGGGCUGAUAGUAAUCCUGUUAAUGAUCCUGUGUCUGGCUUCGUCCAAUUGGCUGACGUCCGACAAAUUCCGACAGGGUCUAUGGGAACAAUGCAUCGAGCAAGACGCUCCUCAGCCUCUACCGUUCGGCGUGGACUACCGGACGGGAUGCUACCGAGUUCGACAGCAAGGUUACAUCCAGGCGGCGGCGGCUCUGAGCGUCAUGACCCUGUUGUUCGACAUCGCCGCCACGGUCAUGACGGGUUGCGGUCUAUGCAGCAAAGAUCCCACCAGGAAAUACCGUCUCUAUCGAUACGCACUCUACGUCAUGCUGACGGGACUGAUAUGUAUACUGAUCGCCUUAGUCAUCUAUCCUGCGUGUUUUGCAAACGAGAUCGACAACAGCAAUCGCCAGGUGUGGGAGUUCGGAUGGGCCUACGGAGUGGGCUGGGGAGCGGCGAUAUUUCUGUCGGGUGCCAUUCUCCUACUACUCUGCGAUAAAGAGACCGAAGAGAUAUACUACAAAGAGCGAACCAUCAUGGGAAACGGUAACACUUCGAAAGCAUAAAAAGUUGUCCGCUGCGUCUGUACAUAACUUCGUGUACAUUAUCCAUCCACUCAUGACUAAAAUAGGAUGCCGCCACGGUAACUGUCUCGGACGCCGGAGUACCCGUCCGUCAAAACCUUACCUAACGUUUGCCAUCAGUAUUAUGUCUAUAUUUACCGAUAAGUGUUGAUUUCCCAUUAAGACGUAAUUCGUAUUUCCUACCAUACAUUUAUACCGGGAGCCAGACGACCGGUCUUCGAAUCCGGACGCCUCCGGUUCGAACUUUUUAAAAAAAAAAACAGAUUUAUCCUUUAAGAACCGCACGAUCGGCCGGGAUAUAUAUAUAUACAUACAUACAUAUAUAUUAAUUAAAAACGUACCUUGGCCAGCACGGUUAGUUAUGCAGCAAUAUAUAAUAAUUCCCACAAUUAUUUCGUGACUCCUAAGUACGGCAAACGCUACGAUUCGAUAGAAUUCCUACACAAAGCACACUCUCUCUGUUCCAUUUCCGCUUCACAUUCUUCACAUCAUCAUUUUUGUAAAUAGAAUAAGCAAAGCUGUAUAUUUUACUGUCAAAUUAAAAAAAAAAAAAAGAAGUUAUAUCGAGAAGCAGAAAAGUAAAAAAAAAAU